UCCAGCUGGCUCUCUCUCCUUACGUUAUUGCACGGGCACAUGCAAAACUCCAGCACAGCCUCACCGUGCCAGUAGCGCUGGCAUAUGGGUCAAGCACGCCUUUUGCUCCUGACAACAGGGGUCAUAAUUCCAACUCUGGGGAGAGGCUGGUGCCGGAGGGAUCCAUGCCCUUUUUUCUCGCCUGCACGCUGCCGUUUUCCCUUCUUACAUAACUUCCCCGGGCAUUUAAGCAACGAGUUCUGAGAAUAAUUAGUUAUUAUCACCGGUAGCCCGAGAGCAGCUCCCAUGCAGCUACGCACACAUCUGUCUUUCUGAUCUGCCUUCGGAAAGCUUUCUCUCCCGGCUGGCGAUGAUUUACGCCCGCUUCUUAGCCAAAGCGCAAGCCUGCCUCCGUCUCCGUAGCCUCCUCCUCCGCCAGUGCCUCGCAGAGCUCCUGGGGGUCUUCAUGUUGAUUGUGAUUACUCUGAGCGCAUCUGCGCAGGCCACCACCAGCGAAGGGACGAAGGGUGGCUAUUUCAGCUCAGCCCUGGCAAGCGGAAUUGCUGUGAUGGUUGCCAUCCACGUUUCGGGAGGAGUUUCCGGAGGGCACUUAAAUCCAGCCUUUACGCUCACCAUGUGUCUGCUCGGCCAAUGCCCCUGGUGGAAACUGCCCAUCUUCUCUGUCAUUCAGACUAUGGGAGCCUUUUUGGGCGCAGGCACCGUCUACAUGCUUUAUUACGAUGCCAUCCACAGCUACAGCAACGGGACUCUUGCAGUCACCGGACCCCGUGAAACUGCCUCCAUCUUUGCCACCUACCCAGCUCCCUACCUGUCGCUUGGCAACGGCUUCUUCGACCAGGUCUUGGGCACCGGGGUGCUGAUAUUGAGCAUCCUGGCCAUUAUCGACUCCCGCAACAGGCGCGUCCCACAUGGACUGGAGCCCAUCGCGGUGGGCUUGUUGGUCACUGCUCUCGGCUUGGCAAUGGGAGCCAACUGUAUGUGCGCCAUCAACCCAGCCCGGGACCUGGGCCCACGACUCUUCACCUACCUUGCCGGAUGGGGGCCCCAGGUGUUCAGUGCUGGAAACUACUGGUGCUGGGUUCCGGUCGUGGCUCCGAUGGUGGGGGCCACCAUUGGGACGGCUCUGUAUGAGCUCGGGGUGGAGUUUCACCACCUGCCGUCCCAGGACGAGGAAGAGACCUUGACCGCCAAGAAGCAUCACCCAGGGACGGAAAAGGAUACGGAGAUCUCGAUUUAUGCCGUGAAUAAAUACGCAGAGGAUUGGAGAGGCGGGAGCACAGGCACCCCCCCAGACGGGGGCCACAACAAAUUGGAAACUUCAAGUUCCUUUUAAAAUGGGACAGGCGCUGGAAGAGGCGAGAGACUUAAUCCUUUUGUAUUUAUAUACUAUUGGAUGGAGUUGUUGCUGUUGGUUUUAUGACUGAUGUAGGUCUCUGGGCAUGUGAAUUCCACACAAAAGGGCGGUGUUUUGGAAUUCACAAAGGACCGCUUUCCCCUAUAGAUUAAGGUUACCAGACGUCCCCGUUUCCCGGGGACAGUCCCCGGAUUUACAGAUCAGUCACCAUACAAAAUCCAUUGAAGUUCAAAAGUGUCCCCGGAUUCAUUGAAAAAAAAAAUCUGGCAACCUUACCAUAGAUGAACUUUAUCGCUUGCUAAGCUCAUCACCUGAGGUCGUGCGCAGAAUGACUCCCACCUUUGGGGAUUACACAAUGGCAGCAACCAGAGACAGGGCCUUUUUUGUGGUGGCACCACUGCGGAACAACCACUCUUGAAGUAUUUGCUCAGUGCCGACUCUUUUUAUUGUAUGGGGGGAAGGAAAGCUCUAUCCUACAGGGCAGGGGCUGUCGUGGUUUCACCCUAAAGAAUUCUGGGAACUGUAGUUCAAUUCCCUUCCCAGAGCAGCACUUGACAGAGAGGUUCAGCAAUCCAUCCAUCUUUGCAGUGAAUUCUGGGAAUUGUAGCUCCAUGAGGGGAGUCUCCGAACAACGCUCAGCAACCAGAGCAAACUACAGCUCCCAGAAUUAUUUUGGGGAAGCCAUGACUGUUUUAAGCGGUAUCGUAGUGCUUUAAAUGUGUUUUGUGAAUAUGGCCUUAAUAUGCAGCGUUGCCUUUGUGGAACGCAACAGGAAGGAGGACGGGGACGGAACUAGAAUGAGUUGACUUAGCCACUCCUUGGCUCUGGCGCCACCUGCUGUCGGGCUCCCUGCUUCCCCCCCACUAGCCCCAAUGAGCACCAGCCACCAUUGGCUGGGGAAAGCUGCCAAUCACCAUAGACCAAGAGGAAGUUGCCGCCUUCCUCCUAUUACCAUCAGCCCUAGCCAAUAGGACCGAUGGUCAGGGAUGAUGGGAGUUGUAGUCCAGCAGUGUCCGGAGGGACGCAGGUUCCCCCAUUCCUGAGGCUAGACAAUAGUGAGCUACAUGGAGCAAUGGUUUGCCUUGGCACAAUGCAACUUACUUGACCUAAUGCUGCUAUGAUGACUUGUGUUCUUGUGUGUGUGUGUGUGUUCUGUUAAUUUUAUUCGAUGUUUUCUUGCUGCUGUUCUGAUGGAUGAAUUGUUUAAAUGCUUUUUAUCAAUCGCUGUAUUGUAACGAGAUGAAAGGAUGAAAUAAAAUGAAAAAUGGUUUCUAAAAUACGUAGGGUGCUGGGGAAAAGCCCUUUAACACAGAGGUGGGAAACUUGGCCCAACCCUGUGCAUCGUUGAACUCCAACUCCCACCUUCCCUGACCACUGGCUCCCAGCCCUGCUUUUUACCUCUGUGGGUACAUUUAAUAUGUGAUUCCUGAUUGGUUGGGACAGGAUUGUUCUAGGACAGCAGCGGAAUCUGUUCCUGGGCUCCAACUCCCAUCAUCCCUGACCAUUGGGCCACACUGCCUGGGGCUGAUAGGAGUUGGAGUCCAAUAGCUCCUGGACGGCCACAAGUUUCCCAUCUCUGCUGUGACAUAAAAGGCGUCUUAAUUCUCUCCACCCCCCUCAGGUUUUGGCUCUCUCAGGCACCACACUCUGUAUAUGCUCAGAGGUGCUCUGUGGUUAUUAAACUGCAUCUUUUAGAACCACAUUCCAAAGGGGAUUCCAAGGCUUAAUCUGGGUGCAAGAUGGAGACCAGGCUACACCUUGCAGUGUGUCAGGUGGCAGAGACCGAGAGCCUUGCCAUGGGAGGGUGAAGAAAAGUACCAACCUUUCUUCCAGAGCUGAAUGGAUGCGCUCCACAGCUAGGUCGAAAAACUAAAUUAACGCAGCGCCAGGCAGCGCCUUGAGAACCUGUCAAUCUAUUUAACGACAUAAGACAUCAGGGAUUCCCCACCAAAGUCACACCCCAGCGAGGCUGCCGGUUGAGGAAUGGCAAAUAGCAGCUCCACCCUGUGAGGUAGGCUUAGACUGACAGACAGUGGCUGACCCGAGGUCACUCAGACUGCUUCAUGGCUGAGUGGGAGGAUUCGAACCCUGCUCUCUCCCAGCUCUGAAUCCACUGGGCCACAUUUGCUUUCAUUUGUAUGUGUGUGUGUGUGUGUGUGUGUGUGUGUUUGUGUGUGUGUAAUGAAACCCAAUGAAGUAUCUUCCUAUACAUAUAGGAAUGUAAGGCUGUCGUCGCACAGAGUCGCAAACCCAGAUUUGCGUUAAGUCAGGGAGGGCAGG